AAUCGUCAAUAACACCAGUAAGAGCACUCAAUGCCGACAGUAUAUAAACGAUUGCACAACAUAUAUUUAAUUAGUUUAUUACAAUUUUAUUACCGGUUUAAUUAAAAACUUAAAAAAUGAAGUGUUUAAUUUUAGCGUUUGUUAUUACAAUUGCCUGUGGUUUGUCUAACGCCAAAGGAAUUGAAAAUUAUCCUUAUCAUGUGUCUAUUGAAAGAUUUGGCAAACAUAUGUGCAGUGGUGCAAUCAUCAGCGAAAAAGUAAUUUUAACAACUGCAUCGUGUCUCUACAAUGCACAAAAUACCGACAUAAAUGUUCGUGUUGGUUCCGAUCAAUUCGAAACUGCUGGUUCGGUUAAAUCUGUGGAAAAACUCAUUUUGCAUAAACGGUACAUGACAUCUCGCAAGGACUACGACAUUGCAUUAAUCAUCCUGGAUGAAAAACUAACAUUUACGGAAAAUAUCCAAGCUAUUGAAAUGGUUGCAAGCAGUCUAAACCCUCCAAAACCAGGAAUUUAUGGAUUUUUGACUGGAUUUGGAUUGGGUGCUGAGCACUUUACUGAAGAUUUGCGACAAGAAGAAAUUGAAAUUACAGUACCAAUAACGUGUAAAAACGCAUAUGCACCUUUAUUCAUCUACAUCACUGAGCGAAUGUUCUGCGCUGAAUUAAAAACAAAACACACAUGUCGCGGUGAUUCCGGAAGUCUUUUGGUAAUCAAUAAUGAACUGGUUGGUAUUCAAGCUUGGGAACACAAAUGCGGCACUUCUAAAUUCCCGGGUAUCUACACAAAUAUUGCCAAUCUUCGUAAAUGGAUUAAAACCGAAGUGGAUCUUUCCGGAUUUCGUAGCAGGAUCAUUGGAGGAACUGAUGGAAGCAUUGUAGAGUUUCCUUAUCAAGUGAGCGUGCAUUAUGAGGGUAGCCAUAUUUGUGGGGGUGCGAUUAUAACCCCAUCAGUUGUGAUCACAGCUGCGCAUUGUCUUCUAGAUUUGCAUAAGGAUCGUUUAUCAGUUGCAGCCGGCAGCACAUUGGCAUCGCGAGGUCUUGGUGAAAAGCGCCAGGUCUUGGCCUAUAAAAUUCAUGAGAGAUACAACGAUGAAGAAACUGACUUUGACAUUGGUCUUAUUAAAGUUAUUGGGACAUUUAAAUAUGGUUUGACAUUGCAGCCUGUAAAGAUUGCUGAUUUGAGUGAUUUAUUGCCGAAUGGGGCAAUUGCAACUGUUACUGGAUGGGGUUUUACACAAGAAGAUGGUUAUAUUGUGAAAACCCUUCGCCAAGGCAAGAUACCAAUCGUCAGUCGCCUCAACUGUCGAAAACUCUACCAAGAAGUGGGCACCGUCACCGAAAACAUGAUCUGCGCUGGAAUGGGAGGUCGCGAUGCUUGCCAAGGCGAUUCCGGCGGUCCGUUAGUCUAUCGUGGAAAACUUAUCGGCCUUGUUUCAUGGGGAUACGGCUGUGCCCGCACAAACUAUCCAGGUGUAUACACCAACGUCGCCAAAUUUAACAAUUGGAUCCGCAUUAAUUCCAUCAUUAUAUAAACUGGUUGUGCUUAACAUAAUUUUAGUGUUUUAAAUGAAAACACAAUGCGUGAUUAAUCAAUAAACGCUUCUCUAUGUAA